UUCUGAAUUGCUCAGUUAUGUUAAAGUUUUCGUCUAAUUUCAAAUGAUUUAGGGAAAUUAAUAAUAUUGUGUUGUUAGUAUAGGAUUUAAGUCUGGUAGGUGAUGGAUUUGAUUUGAGUUAUAUAUGUAUGUAGUUUAAUUUUUGACGUAUUAUUUUUUAGCUCUCCGUGGUGCGGCUAUAUUAAAGGCUAGAACAUUAAAGAAAGUAUAGAACAGCAGUAAUUUCUUUUAAUAAAGGGAUGGGAAGUGGCAAUGGUGGUGGUAGCAAUGGUACUUCUAGCGGUGAACUAAUUCCCAAAGA